CACCCUUUUCAACUCUGGUCACACAGAGCACAUCCCGUAAAGUUUUUCAGAGAUGAGUUUGCGGCAGGAAAAUUGAAUUAUUCACGGAAAUAAACAAAGUAAACUAAGUGGAAACUGUAAUCCUGACCAGCAAUUAUGUUGCGCAUCUAUCAAAAUACUUACCGGCGCACCGCGAGAAAAGCUGUUGUCUACUCCACCAAGGUCGCCUGCUGCAAUCAUUCCACGCUCUGUGGCAUCACCAGCCAUCCACGUCGGGCGCAGGAUAGCGGGAGCUCCAGUUCGAAUGGCAGGCACCGUGGCCACGAGGAGUUCCUACUUGCCGGCAAUCCGGCGCGGGGCUGGCAAAUGCCUCCGCCGUCGCGUGGUUACGGAAUGCUGGUGGUGCGCAUACUGCGGGGAGCCCUCAAGCUGCGAUACAUCGUCCUGGGCGGCGCCAUCGGCGGGGGCGUGUCGCUGAGCAAAAAAUACGAGGAAUGGAAGGAUGGACUGCCGAAUUUUAAGUGGCUGGAGGAUGCCAUGCCGCAGGGCGAACGGUGGAGCCAGUUCUCGCGGAAUCUCAUUGAGGUGGGCUCGCUGGUGAAGAACGCCAUCGAAGUUGCCAAAGAUGACUUAAAGGCCAAAACAACGGUGGCCGCUUUAGGCAUAACAUCCGAUGAGAGUCGUAAGAAGUAUGAGAAACUCCAGAGCCAGGUGGAGACGCUGCAGACGGAGAUCAUGAACGUCCAGAUUAAGUACCAAAAGGAGCUGGAGAAGAUGGAGAAGGAGAACCGUGAACUACGCCAGCAAUACCUCAUCCUGAAAACAAACAAAAAGACCACGGCAAAAAAAAUCAAAAAAUCCCUGAUCGACAUGUACUCUGAGGUCCUUGAUGAGCUAUCCGGCUACGAUACGGGCUACACCAUGGCCGAUCACCUACCCCGUGUUGUGGUAGUGGGAGAUCAGAGCAGCGGCAAGACCUCUGUCCUGGAAUCCAUUGCUAAGGCUCGCAUCUUUCCCCGUGGCAGUGGAGAGAUGAUGACGCGAGCCCCAGUCAAAGUUACUCUGGCUGAAGGACCAUACCAUGUGGCUCAGUUCCGUGACUCUGACCGGGAAUACGAUCUCACCAAGGAGUCUGAUCUGCAGGACCUCCGUCGGGAUGUGGAGUUCCGAAUGAAGGCGUCGGUGAGAGGUGGUAAAACCGUCAGCAAUGAAGUCAUUGCCAUGACGGUCAAGGGUCCCGGUCUGCAACGCAUGGUUCUAGUCGAUUUGCCAGGAAUAAUUUCGACCAUGACUGUCGACAUGGCCUCAGACACAAAAGAUUCCAUUCACCAGAUGACCAAGCAUUAUAUGAGCAAUCCGAACGCCAUCAUUCUCUGCAUUCAGGAUGGAUCUGUGGACGCUGAGCGCAGUAAUGUGACAGACUUGGUCAUGCAGUGCGAUCCCUUGGGUCGACGCACUAUUUUUGUGCUCACAAAGGUGGAUCUGGCCGAGGAGCUCGCCGAUCCUGAUAGAAUAAGGAAAAUCCUUUCGGGCAAACUCUUCCCCAUGAAGGCUUUGGGCUACUAUGCCGUCGUUACCGGUCGUGGACGAAAGGAUGACAGCAUAGAUGCUAUUCGGCAGUAUGAGGAAGACUUCUUUAAGAACUCCAAGCUUUUCCAUCGUCGAGGGGUUAUCAUGCCCCAUCAGGUGACCAGCCGCAAUCUGAGCUUGGCGGUGUCAGAUCGUUUCUGGAAGAUGGUGAGGGAAACCAUUGAGCAGCAGGCGGAUGCAUUUAAGGCGACUAGAUUUAAUCUGGAAACCGAAUGGAAAAAUAACUUCCCCAGAUUGCGCGAGUCUGGUCGAGAUGAGCUGUUCGACAAGGCAAAGGGCGAGAUACUGGACGAGGUGGUAACGCUCUCGCAAAUCUCCGCUAAAAAGUGGGACGACGCUCUGAGCACCAAGCUAUGGGAAAAGCUCUCCAAUUAUGUGUUUGAAAGCAUCUAUCUGCCCGCUGCACAGUCAGGUUCUCAAAGUAAUAUUUUGUAGUACUAAGUGUAGGUUGUAAGCAGAUUUCGCCGACGUCAUCGAUGGGGGCACGUCCAUCCAAUCGCCCGCCUUGUGUGCUCCGUCAUUGUGUGUGUUUCUUGCAAGAAGAUAUGGCUUGGCCUCGAACCUCACGUGUCUCUGCAAAACGUUGUGUCGUUUAAAUGUUUUGUUUAAUUUUGUAUUUAUCAUGGCCCGCAUUCAGCGUCGAAUUCCCGUGCAAGGGAAUCACAUGCGUUAAAUAAUUUCAAACCGGUUUGACUGAUAUUCCUGCAACAUUUCUUGAAUCACAAGUGUAAAUUUAAUGUGUACUCCCCGGCGGACGAUUUCGAAUCCCAUUAACACCGUUUGCCUUUGCCCCAAAAUAGUGACCCGGGAUUGUCACAGGUUCUGCGUUGCGAUCAUGUGCCGGAAAGUCGCUUAUAACGAAGAUUUACGAGCACCUGUACCGAAACCAGAUUUUGGUUUAUGUUCACAUUAUAAAAACGUAUGCGAUAUUAGCGAUUUAUGACCGAAAAACCCGUUUAAGCCAUCGCUCAGCUUGUGUUUAUUUAGCAUUUUAUGACAGACCUGUUAAUUUGCUCAAUGAAUUCAUCCAAAUCAAUGUCUAAUUGAAUUAAAUUGCAGUUAUCGAGUUAGGAAUCUGAAUGUUUCGUCGCUUUGUUUAUCAUUCCCCCCGUAGUUGUGUGUCUAGUUAAUUUGGCUCAACUAAUUUCAUACGAUUACUAUGCUCUUUAUAGAUUCCUUCAACACGAUGGUAGACAUCAAGUUGCGCCAGUGGGCCGAGCAGGCACUGCCCGCUAAGUCGGUGGAAGCUGGCUGGGAAGCGUUGCAGCAGGAAUUCAUAUCGCUGAUGGAGCGUUCGAAGAAGGCGCAGGAUCACGACGGCAUCUUCGAUCAGUUGAAGUCUGCGGUGGUGGAUGAGGCUAUACGUCGGCACAGCUGGGAGGACAAGGCCAUCGACAUGCUUCGCGUUAUCCAGCUGAAUACGCUGGAGGAUCGGUUCGUGCACGACAAGCAGGAGUGGGAUUCGGCGGUUAAGUUCCUGGAGAGUUCGGUGAAUGCCAAGCUCGUGCAGACGGAGGAGACUUUAGCACAAAUGUUUGGUCCCGGCCAAAUGCGACGAAUUACCCACUGGCAGUACCUGACGCAGGAUCAGCAGAAGAGGCGAAGCGUUAAGAACGAACUCGACAAAAUACUCAAAAACGAUACGAAACAUUUGCCCACCCUGACCCAUGAUGAACUGACUACGGUUCGCAAGAACCUUCAGCGUGAUAACGUGGAUGUGGACACGGACUACAUAAGGCAAACGUGGUUCCCGGUCUACAGAAAACACUUUCUGCAGCAGGCGUUACAGAGGGCAAAGGAUUGCCGCAAAGCAUAUUACCUCUACACGCAGCAGGGAGCCGAGUGUGAGAUAUCCUGCAGCGACGUCGUGCUCUUCUGGCGCAUCCAGCAGGUGAUCAAGAUAACAGGCAACGCACUGAGACAGCAAGUAAUCAAUCGGGAGGCGCGGCGGCUGGACAAGGAGAUCAAAGCGGUGCUGGACGAGUUCAGCGAUGACGAGGAGAAGAAGGGUUACCUGCUCACCGGCAAGCGCGUGCUACUAGCCGAGGAGCUAAUCAAAGUGCGGCAGAUCCAAGAGAAGCUGGAGGAGUUCAUCAAUUCACUUAAUCAGGAAAAGUAGUGUGCCAUGACCAAAGACACAACACCCGAGGCGUUACUUAUUUAACUUGAUAGUUUAAGACCACAUUUGAAAUGUUUGUUCAUAGUCACGCUUGAGCCCCUUAGUUAAGCAUACUUUGUGCUCCGAAAGUAAUAAACAAAUAGAUCGUUAGUUCGUAUUAUUG